CUUCCGGAUGGGUUACAGUGUCCUUUCCACUCAUUUCAGAUCAUGGAUUGGGCGAAACGCACAGCGGAGUCAUCGUGGACAUUCAAACAGGAUUGCCACUCAUUCCCAUAGGUCCCGUCCGUUCACUUCAAUCAGAACCUUUCACUGCUUUCACUCAGUCACAUCCUUUUGCUGAUCCUGGAUCCAUUUUAGCUGACGAACUUAUCGAACCACCGCCCUUGGACCAAACUUUGUCCAUGUCUGUAGUGAGUUGCUUGGAGGAGGAAUGUCAGUACAUCAUCGUCAUAAGUUGCUGUUAUAAAGAUGAACGAGAGGAAGAAGGACCUUUGCAAUUCGUUCCUGGUCUUAUGUGGUUCGUGGAUCGUCAACCUCCCUGUGAAUCUGCCCAUCACAUCACUUUAGUUCUGGACCAAUCCUUUAGCUCGCAAACUUUGGCAUUGUCCGUGCCGCAUCCUUUCAUCGCCGAAACUGUGGUGGCUAUGCCGAGUUGCCGACUCAACCUGGAUUCUAUAGCUCUGAUUAAAACGAAGUCUAAACUCAUUUUAUAAGUGCGGCAUCACUGUAUCAGUUCAAGAAUCCCUCCCUUCUCCUUAAUUUGCAUAUCCUCCGAACCAAAAAUUUACAUAAUCCUCCGACCAGAAGUACUUUCUUCAUUUUUUGGGUUGUUUCUUCAGCUUAAUUUCAGUUAUGCUCAUCGUUAAGUAUUGUAUAACUGUAAUCUUAUAACACACUAAACUAACUGAUGUAUGUUGAAAAA